GUGGUUUCCUGUGAUCACUAAAGCAGCAGAAAAAUGAACGUGUUUGAUCGCAACAUAAACUUUGACGCUCUCUUCAAGUUCUCUCAAAUCUCUCGCUCGACUCGGCAGCACCUGAAGAAUGUCUACGCCAGUCUGGCUGUGUGUAUGCUUGUGGCGGCGACUGGCUCCUACAUCUACAUCAUGACAAGACUCUUUCAGGGUGGGCUGACCAUGCUUGGAUCACUGGCUAUGAUGGGUUGGCUUGCCAUGACCCCUCACAGCCCUCAGACAGAGAAGAAGAGGUUGGCCAUCCUCGCUGCUUUUGCUUUCUUCACAGGUCUUGGACUCGGCCCGCUCAUGGACUACGUCAUUAGCGUCAACCCGAGCAUCAUCCUGACUGCUUUCCUGGGCACCUCUGUCAUCUUUGCCUGCUUCACGUUGAGCGCCCUCUAUGCACAGCGCAGAAGUUAUCUCUUCUUGGGAGGCACUCUGAUGUCAGGGCUGACUGUUCUUCUGCUCGUCUCUGUCCUCAAUAUGUUCUUCGCCUCAGCAAUACUCUUUAAGGCUCAUGUGUAUCUGGGUCUGGCCAUCAUGUGUGGCUUUGUGCUGUUUGACACACAGCUAAUUAUUGAGAAGGCAGAAAUGGGAGACAAAGAUUACAUCUGGCAUUGUGUUGACCUCUUCCUGGACUUUGUGACCAUCUUCAGAAAGCUUGUUAUCAUCCUCUCUAUGAAUGAGAAGGAAAAGAAGAAGGAUAAGAAGUAAUUCUCAUAAGAGUGAAAUCAUCUGUGAGCUGAAUACAUGUCAGCAGCUUCAAUAUGAAUCUGAUUACAUAGUUUGAUUAUAUUUUAUGUGAUUUGAUAUAGUGUCUUAAUUUUAUGUUUGAAAAUUGCUACUGGGCUUUUGAUAUGUUGUCAAGCUGAUGACCUAAUGUUGUUUGACUAGAUUUAGAAAUCUUAUUUAAAAGCUUAGGUUGGACUUUAAUUUCUUUGACUUACUGCAACUCUCGGAGGCAGAAAUUAGAGAUCUGUAGAAAAGGAAUCUCAU